UCACAAAUGUUUGAUUCAAUCAAGGAGGGUUAUAAACAAGGAAUGGAGGCAAGAGAAAGUCCUCCAAAUGCCUCUCAAGGACCAGCAAUGUCAUUUGCCAACUUUAUCCCAGGUUUUGAGGCAGAUAUGAAUGACCAGCAGAAAAAGGAUUCUAAACUUCUUCUAAAAUCGUUUAUGAGCGUCUGCACUCCUCAAUGUCUAAGGAGAGAGAAGAAUUAUGUGUCCGAGAGCGAGCUUUGCAUGGCCAAAUGUUAUGAUCUGGCUCUGAGGUACUACAUGACCGGCUUCGAUGAAGUAGACCAAGUCCUGAGAGAGAACAAUAUCGUCCCUAGCAAAAUUCAAUAAUUAGCUCAUUA